AAACUACCUGAAGGUAUUUCGGCGCAGUGUAAUUUGAAUAUUUAGAGUGAGUAACACGGUUGAACUUGCGCAGUGGAUAAACUAAGUUAGAAACCAAUAUGAAAGUGUCAUGCACCCUUGUAUUGGCGGUGCUGAUUGGCACCGCUUAUGCAGCACCUCGUUGGGAAGAGCUGAGCCAUCCACAGACAGCUGCCUUCAGUCAUAUCGACGACGUUCAACGCUGGCGACAAUAUCGAGAAGACCUCAAGGAAUUUUAUAAAAACAAGUACGCUGGGCUCAAAGAAGUUCAUGAACAAUUGAACAGGAGCAAUGAUUCGGAUGAAUCGCAGGAAGACGUGAGCGAUAAAUCUUCACUCGAAUCUAACGAGUCUGCUAAUAACUCACAUUCCGAGGAAUCCGUAGAAAAAGUGAAGUCAGUCGAAAAGUCAAGCUCACAUUCCGAAGAAGAUAAUACCGUAGAAGAUGAUUCUAGGGAGAGAUCAAAUUUUAAAGGGUCAUUGAGGAAUUUCCCGGUGAUUAAGAACAGCCCGGUAUUUCCGUUGCUUGACAAAAUUAUCGCAUCACACCGUCGAAGGCCUGAAAAUACCCACUCUCAGUCUGGUGGCUCACACGUAACUGAUAAUGCGGCAAAUGCUUUUGCACGGCCACCAAACGCUGACUCUGCAUCUACUACUGGAGCAGUACCCACAAAUUCGCAAUCCAGUUCCCAGGUAGUACAUGCCAGUGAAUCAGGUGCCUCUGCCCCAGCAUCAUCGCCUGUUUCUGCACCUGCAAUUGGGGUAAGCCCUGGAAACGCACAAUCGAGUUCAGUAAUUGCACCUGCUACCGGAUCGAGCGCUUCUACUGCUCCAUCAUCUGUGGCGUCUGGACAAAUUGGUGAAAUUAGUUCUGCUUCCUCAACGUCAUCUUCGGCAUCUUCAGCAGGAGAAACCGGCGCAUCAUUGGCAGGAGGUAGCGGUGCAGGAUCAAAAGAUGGUGACACCGGUGCUGCACCAGGAACUGAUGAUAGUUCUUCCUCUUCCGUAUCAUUGGUAGCUCCUGAACCAGUUGUUGACACAAGUGCUGGUACACCUGAAGCGUCACCAGCUUCUAAACCAGUCCCCAAUACUAGCUCUGACGCACCUGCUGCAUCGGUAACUUCCGAACCGUUUGAUGGCGCAAGUGCUGGUACAGCUGCAGCAUCACCAGCUUCUGAACCGGUCGCUGAUUCCAGUUCUGACACCUCUGCACCAUCGGUAAUUUCCGAACCGGUUGUUGACGCAAGUGCUGGCACAGCUGAAGUGUCACCAGCUUCUGAACCAGUUGCCGAUGCCAGGCCUGACGCCUCUGCACCAUCAGUAAUUCCUGAACCAAUCGUUGACGCAAGUGCUGGCACAGCUGAAGCGUCACCAGCUUCUGAACCAGUUGCCGAUGCCAGUUCUGACACCUCUGCAGCAUCCGGAACUUCCAAACCAACUGUUGACGCAAGUGCUGACACAGCUGAAGCGACACCAGCUUCUGAACCGGUCGCUGAUGCCGGUUCUGACGGCUCUGCACCAUCGGUAAUUUCCGAACCGGUUGUCGAUGCAAAUGCUGACACAGCUGAAGCGUCACCAGCUCCUGAACCAGUUGCCGAUGCCAGUUCUGACACCUUUGUAGCACCCGCAACUUCCGAACCAACUGUUGACGCAAUUGCUGACACAGCUGAAGCGACACCAGCUUCUGAACCAGUUGCCGAUGCCAGGCCUGAUGCCUCUGCACAACCAGUAACUCCUGAACAGGUUAUUGGCGCAAGUGCUGACACAGCUGAAGUGUCACCAGCUUCUGAACCUGUUGCUGAUGCCAGUUCUGACGCCUCUGCAGCAUCCGUAACUUCCGAACCGAUCGUUGACGCAAGUGCUGACACAGCUGAAGCGCCUCCAGCUUCUGAACCGCUUGCUGAUGCCAGUUCUGGCGCCUCUGCACCAUCGGUAAUUUCCGAACCUGUUGUUGACGCAAAUGCUGACACAGCUGAAGUGUCACCAGCUUUUGAACCAGUUGCUGAUGCUAGGCCUGAUGCUGACAUUAACGCUGUUGUUUUUACAGCCGCGGUAGCUUCUGACCCUACAGCUGAUGCCAAUCGUACUACUUCUCCAUAAUUGAUAGUCCUGGAACCAGUUGCUGUCACCAGAUACUUGCCACGAAAUGAUCAUCAUCCGUUGCACGGGCAGCUGCUUUUAACUAUAUUGUUACGCAACGCAUCUAACGCACAUUAACCAUACUUGGCUCUACCGUUAGUAUUUUCAAUGCAUCUUCCACAACCACUCUUAUACUCAGUACAACCAGUGUUAUGUCUAAUAUCCAAAUCAAUUUUUUUGGUACUAACAUUAUCGUGUUUCGAGUAACUGAUAUUGUAAGAGGGACCACUGCGACUGGAUUCGAUUCCUUUAUCGGAAGAAUAUCUUCGGUACGAACAUCUUUGAUUCCCAAACUAUAACUGUCGCUGACAUCUCAGAAAAAAUACGAGUGACGUCGCUAUUCCCAGUACAAUCAGACCUAGUUUACUAACAACCCGAUAUUCAAUCAGGUCCACUUCCAAUGGGAUCAUAGAAAUGAGAGCAGAAAUUUAAACCGAAUAAAUAGCAGACGUAUAAAUGCACGUAAUACUAAAUAAUUAGGUAUCAUCCCAUACGUGUAAUCAUCCCCAGGAACACAACUUUACCGCAUCGAUAAUGAGCUGAAUUUAAAAUAAAUAAUAGACCAGAAGUGAUGUUAAAUCGUGGUAAAAUCAUACUGUAGUGUGGAAAUAUGUAUAUUCAUACGAUGAAAAUAUAUCCAACAAUUUAAAAAAUUGCAUAAUUAUCUGAAUUAUUGAUUCGAAACGCCGAAAUUUCAAUGCAAUCUUAGUAAUUCACUCGAUAAUAUGAGUGUUUCAAGUUAUUUGUAAAUGGUAUUCCCUAGUUUAUUUUCUUAACAUGAGUACAUUGUAGGUAUAAUACGGUUCUCGUUCGGUUUAACGGUAGCGUAAACUCAUCCGUACUAUUAUCUAAUUUAUCUACGAAAUGUAGUAACUACAGUACUUUAGCCAGUACAGAAAUAAAGCAUGUGUAUUAUCAAAUGA